AAGUUUCGAUAGUAGCAAAUCAGUUUGUACCGACAACUUGUUGUCUAAACAUCUAGUUUCAAAGCCAAAAAACGAAGGGUGUACGGCCCUAGGAUACAGUGUUUCGUAAAGGCGACGGUGCGAUCGUUUUUUUGUGAGCUCUGAAUCGAGGCCGAAGGUGCAACAUAGUAUUAAUCGAAAAUAAACGAUUGCGGGACGGCGAAGAAGGAGGAAAAGAGAAAAGGACGGCGCGUGUGUAUGUAUGUUGGCUUUAUGUAUCUGCCAAUGAAAGUGCGGGUCCCUUAAUCUAUGAGGAAAAGGAUAACGUGCAAAGGAUAUAGAUCAGCAGCUUCAGUUAUGCUACAGCUUCGGAACAGUGAGCACAGUGCUUCCGUUGAUUGAGAAUUGACUCAGUGUUGAGUCAAGUGAAAACACAAAGGACAAUAGGUUAUCAGUGAUUGGCUGUUAAUGAGCGAUAGUAGUUAAUGAACUGUAUUUCAAAUCGUGCUCGGUGAAGAGUUUUAAGAAAAAAAAGUGGAACAUUGGCUGUUGCCAGAAGAAUUAAAAUGUCUAUGAAUUCAUCGACGUCGUCAUCCUGCAGUGAAAUCAGUAUCGAGGAGCUGAAAGCAAGAUCACCAGAUUUCCCGCCGGAGAUUUUGGCAGUCAUAAAACAAGAACCUCGAUCUACGGUUUCUCCAAUAUUAACCCCUCCACACACGCCUACAGAGGAUAGUAUUAAUACGACCCCGGCGGUGGUUACUUCGCGUCUCUACUUUGAUAUGGAACAAAACCGGUCUCCAGCUCAACACCAACAUAUGCCCCACCAUCCGCAUCCUCAUCAUCAUAACAAUCACCACCAUCAGCAAGAAGUUCCCAGUGCCUUCUUUCCUCAGCGGCCUGCGGAACACGCUCAACCACCGCCGAUGGAGGCCUUCCUUUAUCAACAACAACAAGCUCAGCAGCAGCAUCAGCAACAACAAAGACAACAACAGCAUCGUCUUUGGCUCCAAACGGCAGCCGCCCAACAGCAUCUCCACCAAACCGGUUAUCCUCUGCCUGGCUAUCCACAACUGCCUCCAUCGGUUGCUGGCCACCAUCCGCAUGCCCUCAUGCAACAAUGGAUCCGCAAUGCAGCCAUUUAUCGGCAACACUUCCAAGGAUACCCCGGAGAUCUGUCUCGCAUUCCGGUGCUCGGUCGCCCCGUCGUCCCGAUGAAAGCUCCUGGUCAUGGAAGCUCCCGCCCAAAGAAGCAGUUCAUCUGCAAGUACUGCCAUCGGCACUUCACUAAAUCCUACAAUCUGUUGAUCCACGAGCGCACGCAUACCGACGAGCGGCCUUACUCGUGCGACAUUUGCGGGAAAGCGUUCCGACGGCAAGACCAUCUCCGAGACCAUCGUUACAUCCACUCCAAAGAAAAACCUUUCAAAUGUUCCGACUGCGGGAAAGGAUUUUGCCAGUCGCGAACUUUGGCUGUGCACAAAGUUACCCAUCUGGAAGAAGCUCCCCACAAGUGUAACAUCUGCAACCGAACCUUCAACCAACGAGCCAACCUCAAGACCCAUAUGCAAAGUCACGCACUAUCAGACAUCACCCCCAACAGUCCGGUGCUGGACCUUUCGCAAAAGUCAUCCCCAUCCUCGCCCGAAAAGGACAUCAUUGACGACGAUGAGGAAAUCGACGUCGAAGAGGAAGACGACGAAGAAGAUCACUACCAUCACCUCCACGGAACCUCCCCCGAUACCAGCCUGCCGAAGAAAUCACUCGGUUUCUCGAUUGAUGAGAUCAUGAAGCGGUAAUUGGUUACGUUCGGUAAUUGCCGUUCGCGUUCCCAGAGAUGUUCCUUACAGGUUGAGCGAGUGAGAGAUUAGAUGAUUCUAAUUUUGUUUGUUGAUUUUGUAUACGUUUCCUUUAUUGUGGAAGAUUUUAUUUACUCCAUUAUUGUUGCGAGGUUAACAUAACUUGAGAGGUAGAAGUAGGGGGAUAGAGGGAGGGAGAGGAAUGACGAAUGAUAUCUCAAAGCAUUAGGCUAAAGCAACAAAGAAUGAGGAGAAAACAGAAAGUAAUUGUUUGACCUAGAAAAUACAGUUCGACACAACGAAUGCAGCCAAAGAAGAGUAAUAGCUUGGUAUCCUCUAAAAACGGUUCGCCGUUAAUUAUAGCGAAGCGGAUAGAUUUGUAUACAGCAUCGCACUCGAAGCAGGGUGUUGAUUUUUAUUGCAAGCCAAUCGUUAAGUUCAUCUCUCCCUUCGCAAGGAAGAGGAGAAAACAGAGCAGGUACAGCGACGGAGCUUUGACCUUUCUUUUAAAGACUGAUAUUGCUUUUAUUUAUCAACGCGCGCAUAGUUAGGGCCCUCAUUAUACAGAUACACAAAUGCAGUCACACCUUCACGUGCUGAACGCAACUCGCGGAUUGAGUAAUGUAAGUCGCACGGUGUGAUAUUGGAACCCCAGAAAGUAUUGUAAACUGAUCUCAGCCAAACCACAAAAACCAGAAUAUUAGAUACAUAGGUGAAGAUUUGUAAAUAAUUUAUUCUAGUAUUUUAAGUUAGAACAAUAUAUUUUAUGUUAUAUGCAAUAAGACAAACCAAGACGUAAAUUAUUAUUAACAAUGGUAUCCAAAUAAUAAACAAUAGAACUCUGUCAUCUGAUAA